UCCUGCGGUUUGCCGUUCAAAGUGCGCUAUUUAUUUCUGGGUGAUUAUGUUGAUCGAGGUCGACAUCCACUGGAAGUGAUUGUUUUAUUACUCGCUUGUAAAAUACAAUUUCCAAAAUUCGUCUUCCUCCUGCGCGGCAACCACGAACUUUUCCAUAUCAACAAGUUCGUUAUUUAUUUCUUCGCUAGUCCUGUUAUUUACUCCUGCAGUGGCCAAGCUGAUGAACAGUUUACAAGAGUGGAGGGAUAA